GUGACGACAGCGUGUUCUGCGAUGUUAAGAUACCUUGCGUUUGAUUUGUUCUCACUGGGCUGAAAUUAAAAUUUUGUGCUCAAAUGACGGAAUAUUUACAGCGCAGGCCAGGCUCUGUGUUGAAGCGCUGCCUUCAAGCUUAACAUGAACAAACGUUUCCUGUUUCACAACUUCAGCGCAGCGGAGAUGUGCAGCCAGCGAAAAGACAGCUUCCUCUGGGGGAAAAAAGAAGUGUCCAGAGACUUCACACCAAUGGAGCGGAAACAAAUCCAAGUCCUGAAAGUACACAAGAAUGACCUACUGGACGACAUUCAGAAACUUAAGUUUGAGAUUGAGAACGUGAUGGAAGAAAUCCAGAACUUUGAAUCGGACGAGGAAAACAAACACAUCUUAAAGAGCAAGCAGUUCUUGUGUGGGAAGAAGAAGUUCAAUAUGGAUCCCAAGAAGGGUAUUCAGUACCUGGUUGAUAAUGGUCUUCUGGAGUGGGAGCCCCAGGCGGUGGCAGAGUUCCUGUACAAAGAGGACGGUCUGAACAAGACGGCGAUCGGGGACUUCCUGGGCGAGAGGGAGGAAGUGCACCUUCAUACGCUGAGGGCUUUUGUGGAGCUGCAUGAAUUUUCAGACCUUAAUCUUGUGCAGGCCCUGAGGCAGUUCCUGUGGAGCUUCCGUCUCCCGGGCGAGGCCCAGAAGAUCGAUCGCAUGAUGGAAGCCUUCGCCAGCCGCUACUGCGGCUGCAACGCCGGUGUCUUCCAGUCCACAGAUACCUGCUACAUCCUGUCCUUCGCCAUCAUCAUGCUGAACACCAGCCUGCACAACCCCUGCGUGAAGGAGAAGACCACGCUGGAGCGCUUCAUCAGCAUGAACCGCGGCAUCAACAACGGGGGUGACCUGCCCAGCGACCUGCUGACGAAACUGUACGAGAGCAUCCGGAGCGAGCCCUUCAAAAUCCCAGAGGAUGAUGGGAACGACCUGACGCACACCUUCUUCAACCCCGAUCGAGAAGGCUGGCUCCUAAAACUGGGGGGCAGAGUGAAGACGUGGAAGAGGAGGUGGUUCAUUCUGACAGACAACUGCCUGUACUACUUUAAGUACACAACAGACAAGGAGCCCAGGGGGAUCAUCCCGCUGGAGAACCUGUGCGUGGCGGAAGUGGCGGAACCUCACAAAUCGUACUGCCUGGAGCUCUAUAACCCCGUCUGCAAGGGCCAGAAGAUCAAGGCCUGUAAAACAGACAGAGAGGGACGGGUGGUGGAGGGACAGCACCAGUCUUACAAGAUCUCCGCCCCCUCAGCCGAGGAGCGAGACGAUUGGAUGAAGUCAAUCAGGGCGAGUAUCACCAAAGACCCCUUCUACGACCUGGUGACUGACCGAAAGAGGAAGGUCUUCAACCACAUCUCCCAGCACUGAGAGGUCAGCAGGUCAGUCCUCCUGCAGGACUUUGGAUUCUGGGAAAUGGUGUCCUCAGUACAGAGGGGAGAUGGACAACCGCUGACCUCUCUAAGAAGUCCAGGCGUCUGCUUUAAUGGCACACUUUCCCACGAUGGCACCCUUUGUCUGGAUUGGACAGAAGCACUGCAUGGGGCCUUCUUAGCCAAUCACCUCUCUACCCUCCAGCAUGGGUGCUGCCCACUCAGCCAAUCACCUCCCUCUGUCAUCCAAAACCUUUUUUUUCCUGUAGUGUUGUGGGGGAAAUGUUGUGGGGGACAAAGAUCUCAUCAUGAUAGGGGUGUAGUACAGUAGGACACGGAAUGUGUCUAAUGGUGGGUUAGGAAACAGCACCCACUGACAUGAUCUCCGCUGGACAUAGGGGCAUUCACAAAUUCAUCACAAAAAAAUAUUAUCAAUGGUAUUAAUAAUUAUUAUUAAUAAAAGGACAGUAGGUGUGUGAAAUAUGGCCCAUCGGCAGAGAGCACGUACAGAAGCUACACCCAAAACCCCGACUCUGACCAUAUGAAUAUCACAUAGACAGUACAAGACCUUGGAAUUAUAAACUUCUAACUGACAUUUCUGACCAAAAAAAUUCUGUAUGUUGUUCACAGUUUGCCAGUCAGUGUGUGCCACCUCAUUUCAUACUGCAGCGGGGAAGGGCAGGCCCAGGCAAACAGGGCUACUGUGUUUUGCAGGAUAUUGGUUUACCAUUUACCCUGGCUGAGCUUGCUGAUUUGCUGAAGAUGCCAAAGCCUUCUCACUUGUAGAUUAGAGCACAUUUAAACAUUUUAUACCGGGACAGUCUUCAGCUAUCAUUCAUGAGCUUACAGUAUUAAGACAUUUAGCUACAAAUGUUCGAUAAUGUAAAAAGGACUGGGAUAAUUAAAUACUUAAGAGCAGAGGUUGGCAUGAAGAUAAUAUACUGACAAGGCCACCUUUGCUGUUAAUCAGUGAAUGUUUUUUCACACAUUCAUGGCCCUGUUUUCUCAGUAAGUGUAGUUGGUUUGUGUUCUGACGUCACGCAGGCACUGGAGAAAAUGCACUCCGGUUGCUUUUUUCAGUGUAAUUCUGUGUAACUUGAGCUUUACCACUGCAGAGGGCUGAUGAAAGCAAAUUACAUAAUCGCAUUUUAAUGGCCCGAACCAACGGCCGAGAGUGUGAAAAACAGAGCUCAUUAUAGCAGGAAAAUCGGGCAGGAAAUAGUAGAUUACUGGAGAUUUAUUGAAUCUGCAUUCAGACCUAGAUGCCACUGCGGUACCAAUGAUAUCUCAGUACAUCAGAGCAAAACAAAGUACUUUUUAGUUAGUACAGUUUUUGCAUUAUAUUCGCAAAGAACAUUUUUUAUUACAUUAAACAAUUGAUAAUGAAGCUAUUCCCAACGAUUAGAGGUGUUAAGGUUGAGCAAAAAUACUUUUGAUCGUUCGCUCCGAGUGGCAUGUUGUAAUCGUUUGGAAUGCCUGAAAGGUCUUUGGGGCGUUAGGACUCACCUGAUGGCACACAGUAACAGGAUCAGUGUUAAAUAAACAUUUAGAAAGUACACGAGGUCCCGAAUUGACCUGUAUGUACUCCGUUAGAGUUGAAUUAACAUUAGACAUUUCACUGCAUGCAGUGAGAUACAUGGAGAACUGCAUGCACACACGUCCUCCUGCGAUUGGCCAUUGAGCUGGUGAUGUCACUCCUGGUUAAUCGCACGUCAGAGAGGUGCAGUGGAGGACAUGGACUGUGUCAUCAGGUCGAGGACAAUAAGGAUGCAGACUAGCUGCUCAUUUGACAGCUACGGUGAGAGGGGUUCUGAUUGGCCGGUCCACAGUCACACCUUCGGUACACCUUCAGCUUUUCUCUCAGGUAUCGCCUGCAUACCUGCCCCGCUGUGCCUCUUCCCAUGUGUGUUUGCGGUGUGGAAAUGGUGCAGUCGAUUUGGACGUGUCACUGUUAGUCUGUGUUAGCGCUGACCGGCUGCACUGUGUCUUUAAACGAGGGCCAGUCGCGGUAUGGCGAAUGGUCGCAUGAGAGAUAAGGAAAGGGGAAGUUUCUCAUGAAACACAGUCAGUGACAGAGCCUCUAUUUUAAAAUGUGUUUGUUCUCACAUCCACCCUGUUCCAAAAGUCACAAAAUUACUCGGAUAUUCAACACAGUCACACACACACACACACUCACACCCAUACAUACACACACAAAUACUGUACACAAACAUACAUACACACACACUCACAUCCAUACAUGCACACACACAUACUGUACACAAACACACAUACACACAGAAACACACCAGUACUGUAAACACAGACCCAUAAACACACACUCACACACACACACAUGAAAGCAGAAAUCAGAAAGCCAAGCCAGUACCCACCUGGCCAUCUCAGACACCCUAAUAUAUUUUUAUAUAAUAUAUUUUUAUAUAUGCCUUUGAGAGGGCGGCACGGAUGGUGCAGUGGGUAGCACUGCCUCCUCACAGUAAGGAGGUCCUGGGUUCAAGUCCCCAUCGGCCGGGGCCUGUGCGGAGUUUGCAUUUUCUCCCCAUGUCUUGAUGCUUCACAUUCACCCAUUCAUACACACACUCACACACACUCACACACCAAUGGCAAUUGGCUGCCAUGCAAGGCACCAACCCGCUCGUCAGGAGCAUUUAGGGGUUAGGUGUCUUGCUCAGGGACACUUCGACACAGCCCAGGCGGGGGAUUGAACCGGCAACCCUCCGACUGCCAGACGACUGCUCUUACUGCCUGAGCCAUGUCGCCCCGGAUGGAUGGAUGGACUUUGAGAACCCCUUCUGAAUGGACAACUUUAGCUGUGGAGAGACUGGCAGCUUUCAUGUAAAAUGUAAAAGCCAACAUCAUUCUGGGUGCUUAGCAGAAGGGCCCACAUCAAGCCUCCGACCUGCUUUUCAUAGUUAAAGUUCUCUUUUUCUAACAAUGGUGUAAUUCACUGUAUUGCUGAUCCUGAUAGAUAUAAAUACCACCUCACAUCGUCAUUUCCUGUUCCUCAAAAGAAAUUAUUUUUAUUAGUGCUCCCGCCAUUCCUUGUUAGAGGCUCUCCACAGCAGUGUACACCCUGGUGUAAAAUCCAGCGAUGACCGGCUUGAAAUACCAGCUGCCAGCUGUUUCAAAACAUAGCUUGAGCUGGUCACAUCAUGUUGAGAAUGGUCUAACUGGUCAACUAGCUACCAGCUGUUUCAAAACAUAGCUUGAGCUGGUCAAAUCAUGUUGAGAAUGGUCUAACUGGUCAACCAGCUACCAGCUGUUUCAAAACAUAGCUUGAGCUGGUCAAAUCAUGUUGAGAAUGGUGUAACUGGUCAACCAGCUAGCAGCUGUUUCAAAACAUAGCUUGAGCUGUUUUUUUCAGCAGGGUGCAUGAAUAAAUUGUUCAACCUGUACCUGUUUUUAUUAUUGUUUGCCAUUUCUGAAGAUGGGCUGAAGAGUUCCCAUGUUAAGCUAAUCCUGCAUUUAUCAGUAGUAAAAAAAAAAAAGGUCUGUAGCAGCUAAUAAUGCAUUUAUAAAACUGUAUUAUAAAUUAUUGGCAUUAAUAAUAUAAUCGUUUUUGUAUAUGUUGAUAUGAUAUUUGCUGUUUAUGUACAUUUUCCUUACAAAUGCACAUAUUUUUUGGAGGUUUUUUUUGGUUAACAUCAGCAUUUGUUGAAGCACUAUUUGGUUUUGUAAAUGUUUAAUGUGCACAACAUUUUAAAGGGAAAAUGUUUGACCAACAGAUUUGUUUUAGCAUAAUAUCAAUUGUAAAUGUUCUUGUAAAUACUGAAGCAAAGAAAGUAUUUUAUUACCUUGUAUAUAUUGAAUGUCUUAUUUAAUAAAUUAAUUGCCUUAAA